CGAAUAUACCGACUGCGAGGGCAAAGCUGGAUGACGUGUCUGACCUUCUGGGCGGAGCUCUGUUUCUCCCGCUCUUGAAGUGGAUGAAUGAGUACGGACACAUCUACCGCCUCGCAGCUGGCCCUAGAAACUUUGUGGUGGUUAGUGAUCCAUCCAUUGCGAAGCAUGUCUUGAGAAAUUACGGGAAGUAUGGGAAGGGGCUUGUUGCCGAGGUGUCUGAGUUCUUGUUUGGGUCUGGCUUUGCCAUUGCCGAAGGCCCCCUUUGGACGGCAAGACGAAGGGCUGUGGUUCCAUCACUCCACAAGAAGUAUUUGUCUGUAAUGGUUGAGAGGGUGUUUUGCAGAUGUGCUGAAAGAUUGGUGGAGAAACUCACGCCUUAUGCUCACAAUGGCUCUCCAGUAAACAUGGAGGAGAAGUUUUCUCAACUAACCCUCGAUGUAAUUGGGCUGUCUGUUUUUAAUUACAGUUUUGAUUCCCUUGAGACUAAUAGCCCAGUGAUUGGUGCGGUUUACACUGCUUUGAAAGAAGCAGAAAUGAGAUCAACUGAUCUCUUACCAUAUUGGAAGAUCAAAGCUUUGUGUAAACUGGUCCCGCGACAAGUAAAGGCAGAGAGGGCAGUUAUGCUAAUCAGACAAACAGUUGAAGAGCUCAUUGCAGAAUGUAAAGAGAUGGUGGAAAGUGAGGGUGAGAGUAUAUGUGAAGAUGAGUAUGUGAAUGAGACCGACCCAAGCGUCCUAAGAUUUUUACUUGCUAGCAGGGAAGAGGUUUCAAGUGCACAACUUCGUGAUGACCUUUUAUCUAUGCUUGUUGCGGGGCAUGAAACCACUGCUUCCGUAUUGACUUGGACAUCAUACCUCCUAAGUAAGGACCCUUCCUCUUUGAGAAAAGCACAAGAAGAAGUCAGCCAAGUUUUAGGGGGAAGAACUCCUACCUAUGAAGAUAUAAAAAAUCUCAAGUUCUUGACACGGUGCAUAUUGGAGUCUAUUCGCCUGUAUCCUCAUCCUCCUGUAUUACUACGGAGAGCUCAAGUAGCUGAUGUUUUGCCUGGGAAUUAUAAAGUGAAUGCUGGUCAAGAUAUAAUGAUUUCAGUAUAUAAUAUUCAUCAUUCUACAAUGGUCUGGGAAAGAGCAGAAGAUUUUCUUCCAGAAAGGUUUGGCAUAGAAGAUCCCAUGCCUAAUGAGACUAAUACUGACUUUAGAUUCAUCCCUUUCAGCGGAGGGCCUCGUAAAUGUGUUGGUGAUCAGUUUGCCUUGCUAGAAGCUAUUGUGUCUAUGGCAAUAUUUUUGCAGAACAUGAGCUUUGAGUUGAUUCCAGAUCAAAAUAUUAGCAUGACAACAGGAGCGACCAUUCACACUACAGAUGGUUUGUACAUGAAAGUGAAACAAAUACGGAAACGGUCUGCAUUGACAUGAAUCUUGAUCUGGUACUUAAGUCAUUAAGUCGCAUUAUCUUUACGUUUGUAAUCAUAGGACACUCUGCUCGGCAAAUCUGUGCUAUUAGAUCAGCAUAUGUCUAUAACUCUAGUGAUGGAUGAUUUUCUUGCUCUUUUGCUCAAGCUAUAUGGAGGGUCUAGAUGGUUGGAGUGAAUGGAGUCUGAUCCAUGAGUUGUCCUUUGCCAAGGAGAGAAAAUGGAUUUCAAGGGGAAGAGUUUAAAUUGUGACUUUUUUUUUUGGUAGAAUAAAUUGUGACUUUAUUGCAAGUACAAAAUCAUUAUUUGUGACUAUGUACAUGUGAUCACGUGGAUGUCUCUCUAUACUAGUGUGAAGUGUCCAUACUCUAGUUACACUAAAUUUUAUUUAAAUCUCUAAUAUAUAUAUAUA